AUGGUUAACGCUACUUAUGAAUUGCUUAGAAAUUUCUGGCCAUCAAAGCCAACUUAUUUACCAAAAGAUUAUCCUGAUUUGACAGGGAAAGUUGCAUUGGUGACUGGUUGUAAUACUGGUAUUGGGUUUGAAAGUGCCAAAGCCUUAUUGAAACAAAAUGCUACUGUCAUAUUUGCUAAUAGAAGUGAAGAAAAAACCAAAGCUGCCAUUGAAAAGAUUAAAGAAGAGCUUGCCUGGGUGGAAUUGAAUGCAAGAAUUCAUAUCAUAUAUGUUGAUUUAAGUGACUUGACAACUAUAAAACCAGCCGUUGAAGAAAUUGAAAUACUAGUUGAUAAGAUAGAUUAUAGUAUCUUAAAUGCAGGCGUUUUACAACCACAAAAGGGGUCAAUGUCUAUUCAAGGGUAUGAACUUCAUAUAGGGACAAACGUUCUAGGUCAUCAUCUUUUGCAAAAAUUGAUUCAUCCUUUAAUUGAAGUCGCUGCUGCAAACCCAUUUUCCACUCCAAGAGUUAUUUGGAUCACAUCUUCUGCACAUUGGUCAUCACCUCCAAAUGGUGGUAUAAGAUUUGAUAAACUGCGAGAUUCUUCCAAAUCAGACUCAUUAGAAAACUAUGGACAAUCAAAAGUUUGUAAUAUGUAUCAGGCAUACAUUUAUGGAGAAAAGUAUAAAGAUUCAAAUAUUAUCAGUCUUGGGGUGCAUCCAGGGUAUUUGAAUUCUGAGAUCACAAGAACCCAUAAGAAUUAUUUCUCAAGACUGUGUAUUAAUGCGGCAAUGUUUCAUCCUGUUUAUGGCUCUUAUACUGAAUUAUUUGGUGCAUUGUACCCUUGUCUAACUACUGAAGAUAAUGGGAAAUACAUUGGACCUUGGGGCCAGUUUCGUGAACUGAGACCUGAUAUUAAAGAAGGUUUAACAAAUGGGAUUGCUCAAAAGCUUUGGAAUUGGGCUGAUGCACAGGUUAAGGAAUUUCAAUAA